UACCUACACAUGGCAGUUAAGCGAUGAGUGUGGAGGUUAAUUUUAGCACAUGCUACGUGCGCGCCGUUUUCCACUUCUCUUCAGUUCAGUUAUCUAGUCUCAUAAUCCGAGUCGUGGUUGUAGUGCCUAAUUUGACAGUUUACAAAAAUAUAAAUAUUAUAACUAACCGAAAUGCACAAGGAAUAGGAGCCUAAAUGAGCCAGUGGUCUGCCAAAAUAAUGUUAAUUUAGCACACCACAGAAGAAAGACGUUUUAAUCUUGUUAUUUGAGAGACCAUUAAUCCGGGUUCUUCCGCUUGGUUUAUUGCACUAUAAUUUAAAGCGACUAUGACAGUCUAGUUUCGUAUAUGAAGAUGUGAUCUUGAGUAAAUGGUUUUUCAGCAUCAUUACUUUGUGUUCGGUAUUUCAGCAGUCUUUAUGCGCUGCGGAACAUUUUUUAGUAAAUUUUACGAAGGUUUACAUUCAUAUUAUUAGAAGAUAUUUUAUUACUGUAAAUGAAUUUGUUGUUUAACAUCACGUGUUUCUCAAAUACACGUACGGUAAUUUCAAUUAAUUCUAACCAACCAGCACGUUGUCAGUGAGAUAUGUAUGUAAACCGGGCCCUUUUAAUGUGUUGUUUUCACCCCAGUAGGCUGCUUAAUGUUUUUCAUAUUUGGCGGGAUAGUUAAAGGAAGGCAGAUUCAAUGUUUACAAUAAUGAAAACUACCAAUAAGCUUUGUGACUCGUUUUAAUACUACGUUAAAUGCCGUGCAAUUUUUUAGUUGUGAAUUUACAUUUUUUUGAGAGACAGAAAUACAAUUUACUUGAGUUCAUUUGAAUAGAAACCCAGCCACUGCAUGUUGACGUGUACCCAGUGUUGCCAAUUGUCUCACGAGAAAAAAAAGCGGCACUGCCUUUCAAAACAAGCCCAACCCAUUUUUUUUUUUUUUUUUUAGUAGUUGUAGCUUUUCUUAGUUGAACUGGUGGGGAUAGGAUGAUAUUAAAAUUCUAAUGGCGUGCAUAUACACUGACACCAGUCAAUCAUGCAACCCGCGACUCUCAACUAAUUAAAGAGACGUUUUAAAAAUACAAGCCCAAUUCAUCUUAUUAUAAGCGGACUUGGCACGCGCGUGUGAGUCAGGUCUGAUUGGUCUCUUCAAGUGGACCCGCCCGCAAAGGAAAUCAAGUGAUUGGCGGGCAGGUCAGUCGCGCCAGAAUUAAACAGACUACAGAGACUUCAGACAGAGUUCUCAAAGAAAAACAUAUUACACAUAUUUUAUUACUUUUAAGUUAGCUAGAUUUUAAACUUUUAUCGUCAUGUCCACUCCACCAAAAAGAAUGUGCGUCAGCCCGUCUUUCGACAACAGCUUUGAGAAGAGGGGGAAGAAAAUUUCCAUUGAGGGGAAUAUUGCGGCUGGCAAGUCUACAUUUGUGCGGAUGCUGGAGAAGGUUUCUAAUGAAUGGGAGGUCACUCCUGAACCUAUAGCCAAGUGGUGCAAUGUGCAAACCACUGAGAAUGCUUUUGAGGAGCUCUCCACAUCCCAGAAGAGCGGUGGCAACCUCCUCCAGAUGCUGUAUGACAAGCCCAGCCGCUGGGCCUACACCUUCCAGACAUACGCCUCCCUGAGCCGGGUGCGAUCCCAGCUCCAGCCCGUCUCCCCGAAGCUGCGUGAGGCAGAGCACCCCGUGCAGUUCUACGAGAGAUCUGUGUACAGCGACAGGUAUGUAUUUGCCUCCAGCCUGUUUGAGUCAGGAGACCUGAAUGAAACGGAAUGGGCGAUCUACCAGGACUGGCACAGCUGGCUGCUGAACCAGUACGAGUCUCAGAUAGAGCUGGACGGGAUGAUCUACCUGCGAGCGGAACCACAGCAAUGUAUGAAGAGGCUUCAUUUGAGAGGGCGUGAGGAGGAGCAAGGCAUUGAGCUGGAGUACCUGGAGAAGCUCCACUACAAGCAUGAGUGCUGGCUGUACAACAGGACCACUCAGGUGGACUUUGAAUACUUGAAAGAUCUCCCAGUUCUGGUGCUCGAUGUUAAUGAUGACUUUAAAAAUGACAAGAUUAAACAAGAGUGCAUUAUAGACAAGGUUAAAGAAUUCUUGAGUUCAUUGUAAGAAUGAGGGAAUGUUGGACUGCCAUGGAACUUCGCACUGAUAUUUUGGGUGCCAGCACUGCAGGAUAUACCUCAUACAACGAUGAUUUUAUUUCUGAAGCAUAAUUCUCCAAUCCUGUACUUCUGGUGGACAUCUGAAUAAGCAUUACCUUCUGAAGCCAGCCAGAUCUUUGGUGGACAAUUCCAUAAACUGUUACCUUGGCCAGUCUGGCUCCUUGAAUGUUUGUGUGCUGUGCUUGUCUCGAUUCCUGUGUUUUAGGGGUAACAACAUUCUAGUACAUUUCACCCAAUCUAUAUAUAUAGAUAGAUAGAUAGAUAGAUAGAUAAUAUAUAGAUUGCUUUCAUUUUAUUAGACCGACAAUUGUAAAAGUGCAUUUAACUUUUUAAAUGGUAUUGGUUAAGAAAAUGCAUGGCUCUUUCCUGGCUGAUAAAGGUACAGAAUGCAGCCGGCUUUGUAAACAUGCCAGUCAUAUGAAAAGGUGAGAUUGACGCUGGGAAGAAGAGCUGAAGGGUGAAGCUUCUGGGAGCUUGAGUUCUUGCAAACCAAAUGAAUUGCACACAUUUUAAAUGUUUUGAGAUGUUUUGUUUUUCUUUAAAUGUAUGUUUUAAAAAAUAUGCUCAAGAAAAACCCUUUUGAACUGUUUUUAUUUUAAAAAAGAAACAUGAAAGUAAUUGUAUAGUAAUUCAAACGCAGGUAGUCUUUAAUCCUUGUGUACCAUCGUUAGAGAAUGUGGGCCCCAUUUUCAAAAGAGAUGCAAUGAUGCAGCAGGGCUGGCACGAGUUUUUUUGGACAGAGUUGCAAUGACACUCGCCUUGCAUCAGUGCAAGAUUCUGUCGGAACUGUUCUUUUUUUGACCCACCUCCCAGUUUACCUACAGUUUUCAAUCAGUAGAAUUAUCACAUGUCGCGUGUUGCG